UACACACGCCACCAGCAGCGUCUGUGUUUGGCCAAACUAAAGUGUGCCGCUGCUGUGAGGACACUAUUACGCAGCCAACUACCCGCCAUGGAGGUGAUGCUUGGGGGACAACAGGCCCGUAACCAGAGAGCUGACCGCAGGCUGUAACGGCUGCCCCGGAGCCGUUUGGGUCUUCACGAGGCAGAGUCGUUGUGAAACACAAAAGGACCCGCCGAGGAGAAGAGACGAUGGUGGGGAGAGGAGCAGCAGGAGGAGCGGGUUUCUCAUCGACCUGAGCACUCUGAAAUCAACAUUAACUUUAAAACGAGGAUUAUGUAAAGAAAAUAUCCCGCAGCAUGUCGGAUCCAAGUCAGUGGUCUGCGAUGCCGAGCCAGAAUAAGUCUCAUUUUGUUCCGGGAGCGCUACUGAAGCGCUCAAAAAGCUGUCGCAGCAGCAACAGAAAGAGUCUUGGAGUAGGGACGCCAUCGCCCACGCUGUCCCGGCCGCUCUCGCCGCUCUCACUGCACACUGCUGCAAGCAGCCCUCUGGACAGCCCUCGAAAUGCAUCAACCAGUGCCUGCCUCAACUUUCCUUUCGCCCGAAGUCACCUGGCUCGUGCUGACAGAGCUGAGGGCCGGAGAUGGUCCCUGGCAUCCCUCCCCUCUUCUGGCUAUGGAACCAACCCGCCGAGCUCCACUGUCUCUUCUUCCUCGUCCUCCCAAGAGCGCCUACACCAGCUUCCCUUUCAGCCGACACAAGACGAGCUGCACUUUCUCUUCAAACACUUCCGCAGCACCGACAGCAUGGCCGACGAAGACGGCCGGCCAGCGACAGUCAUACGACCUCGGUCUCGGAGCCUCAGCCCUGGGCGUUCAAACGUCUCCUUCGAUAAUGAGAUAGUCAUGAUGAACCAUGUUUACAAAGAACGUUUUCCAAAGGCCACGGCCCAGAUGGAGGAGCGCUUGUUGGAGAUAAUCACCCACUGCUCUCCAGACAGCUCCCUCCCGCUGGCUGAUGGGGUGCUGGGCUUCAUCCAGCACCAGUUGGUGGAGCUGGUCAGAGAUUGCCUGGACAAGUCCCAGAAAGGCCUGGUUACUUCACGCUACUUUGCAGAGCUGCAGGAGAAGCUGGAGAAGUUGCUUCAUGAGGCCUACGAGCGCUCUGAAAGCGAGGAGGUAACCGUCAUCAUCCAGCUGGUGAGGAAGAUCCUGAUCAUAAUCUCUCGGCCGGCUCGCCUCCUGGAGUGUCUGGAGUUUGACCCAGAAGAGUUCUACCACCUACUUGAGGCAGCAGAGGGCCAUGCCAAAGUGGGACAGGGGAUCAAGACGGACAUCCCGCGCUACAUCAUCAGCCAGCUUGGUCUAACACGGGACCCAUUAGAAGAUAUGGUGCAGCUUGACCAGUAUGAUGCAGGUCCUUCGGUGUCAGUGGAAGCAGAUGUUAAUGUGGAGCAUAAAGCUCCUCAGACACUGACACCAACUAGAAGGAAACCUCUUGAGAGUGAUUUUGAAACAAUUAAACUCAUUAGCAAUGGGGCUUAUGGUGCUGUGUACCUGGUCCGGCACAAGGAGACCCGCCAGCGGUUUGCAAUGAAAAAGAUAAAUCGUCAGAACCUGGUCCUGAGGAACCAGAUCCAGCAGGCUUUUGUGGAGCGAGACAUCCUAACGUUUGCUGAGAACCCCUUUGUUGUCUCCAUGUUCUGCUCCUUUGAGACGAGACGUCACCUGUGCAUGGUCAUGGAGUAUGUGGAAGGUGGAGAUUGUGCCAACCUGCUGAAGAACAUGGGCCCGCUGCCUGUGGAAAUGACACGGUUGUACUUUGCUGAAACAGUCCUGGCUCUGGAGUAUCUUCACAACUAUGGGAUUGUGCAUCGAGAUCUCAAACCUGACAAUUUGCUGAUAACAUCAAUGGGACACAUCAAGCUGACAGACUUUGGUCUUUCUAAAAUUGGCCUGAUGAACAUGACCACCAACUUGUAUGAGGGUCACAUGGAGAAAGACACAAGAGAGUUCAUAGACAAACAGGUCUGUGGUACUCCAGAGUACAUCGCCCCUGAAGUUAUCCUCAGGCAGGGCUAUGGAAAGCCAGUGGACUGGUGGGCGAUGGGGAUCAUCCUUUAUGAAUUUCUGGUUGGCUGUGUUCCCUUCUUUGGAGACACACCCGAGGAGCUUUUUGGACAAGUUGUUAGCGAUGAAAUCAUUUGGCCAGAAGGAGACGAUGCAUUGCCUUCUGAUGCCCAGGACCUGAUCACACGCUUGCUCAGACAGAGUCCUUUAGACCGACUUGGCACUGGUGGAGCCUCAGAGGUCAAACAGCACCCUUUCUUCUUGGGUUUGGACUGGAACGGACUCCUGCGGCAGAAAGCUGAAUUCAUCCCUCAGCUGGAGGCGGAGGAUGACACCAGCUACUUUGAUACUCGUUCAGAGCGUUACCAUCACUUAGCCUCUGAUGAGGAUGAGGAAACUAAUGACGAAGAGUCUUCCCUGGAAAUCAGACAGUUUGCUUCCUGGUCCCAUCGCUUCAGUAAGGUAUACAGCAGUACGGAACAUCUGGCAACACCAUCCAACCUGAGCUUCUCCUCAGACCGCAGCCACAGUGAGGAAAAAGAGGACCGAGGAGAUGUGAGUGGAGCCAGUCCUUCUCCAAGCCCAGCAGAGGGCAGCGUGGAGCGCAGACAGACUGGACGCAUGGCCAGCCUUCGCCCUCGGGCCUCUUCCAGCUCCUCCCAAUCUGAGAGGAGCACCAGUCCUCUGGUGAUGAGCAGCACCCACAGCCUGGAGACCAUGCCCCGCUUUGCCCUCUCCACAGAUGAUGAAGCUGAGGUGGUUGUGUCAAACCUUCGGAGGAUCAGGAUUCGCAGCAACAGCACUGGGGGGAAACACUCAUCCCCCAAGGAACCAACCGGCCCUAAACGCUUUGGAAACCAGCUGGAGACACCAGAUAGGCAGAGGCUUCCCUGUGGAGGAAAGGUUCCCAAAUCAGCCUCUGUCUCAGCGCUGUCUCUCAUCAUCACCACAGAUGAUUCCCCCAGCGGCCUUCAGCCCAGCCCCAUCUCCCCGCGCUCGCUAUCUUCCAACCCUUCGUCCCGUGACUCUUCCCCAAACCGUGAUCUAUCGCUAAGUCUUGGCAGCUUCAGGCCUCCCAUUGUCAUCCACACCUCUAGGAAGAAGUAUGGCUUUACCCUGCAGGCCAUCCGGGUCUACAUGGGUGACAGCGAUGUCUACACUGUGCAUCACAUGGUGUCGAGUGUGGAGGAGGGCAGCCCGGCCCACCAGGCAGGUCUCUGCACUGGAGACCUCAUCACCCACGUGAAUGGAGAAUCUGUCCAAGGCCUGGUCCAUCCUGAGGUGUUAGAACUGCUACUUAAGAGUGGCAGCAAGGUGGCGCUGCAGACCAUAGCACUUGAAAACACGUCAAUUAAAGUUGGUCCUGCUCGAAAGACCAAACACAAAGGCAAGAUGGCUCGUCGCAGCAAGAAGAGCAAGAGGAGAGAUAAUUAUGACAGGCGACGAAGCAUCUUGAAGAAGCUUUCAAAGCAGAGCACUGUGAUGCACAGCAGUCGCAGCUUCUCUUCAGGUCUCCACCACUCAGUUUCCUCCAGUGAGAGUCUUCCAGGCUCCCCGACUCACAGUCUCUCCCCUGGCCCCUCCACACCCUGCCGUAGCCCUGCCCCAGACCAUCAGACCUUUGAAAACAACUCUCCUCAGAGCACAUCUCCUUGCUCCAGUUCUCCUAGUUCCCCGGCUGCACACAUCCGACCCAGCUCUUUGCAUGGCCUGGGGUCCAAACUAAGCACACAGCGCUACACCAAGGUGGGCCGCCGAAAGUCAACCAGCAACAUCCCACCUUCUCCUUUGGCCUGCCAGUCCUCAUCCUCCACCCAGCCUCUGUCUCCACAGCGCUCUCCCUCACCGCUUUCAGGCUUCGCCAAAACCCUUCACACCUACCACGGCAAAACCCUGUCCCCACCCACCAUUGUUAGACAUGUUGUCCGGCCCCGCAGUGCCGAGCCACCUCGAUCUCCCCUGCUGAAGAGGGUACAGUCGGCCGAGAAGCUCUCUGGCGUGUACCAUACUGAUAAGAAGUUACAUGCCCCCCGAAGGCACACACUAGAAGUGCCGUUUUAUGGUGAGGCUGAUCUGCUGGGCGAUUCAGAGGUAGAGGGUGCAUGUGGAGGCUCAUACAUUGGGGUGGAUCACAGCAGGUUGGGGGGAUACAUGGGAAGCCAGAGAAUAGAACGGUCUGAACAGUUAGUUGUGAUGCGAAAGCUCAACUUAUCAGAGCGGAGAGACUCCUUUAAGAAACAGGAGGCGGUGCAGGAGGUGAGCUUUGAUGAGCCAGAGGAGAAAACCAGCACCACAGUCACCGUGACAACAACAUCUCCAAGAACCAAGACACAAACGCAGCAGCUGCAGCCCAGGAUGGCCUGGGUGCUCAGCCGACCACAAACCAGUGAGGAGGUAGAGCUGGAGGUGCCGGUGGUGAGGAGGUUCACACUGGUGCCUCAGAUUGCUGUGCAGGGCUCCACAGAGAGUGAGGAGCAGGAUGAGUGGGAGCCAUGUUCAGAUGGAGAAGAGAGCAACGAGAAAGCAGAAGCAGAAGUGAACGUCACGUCAUCUCAGUCUCAGCAGGCAGGACGUCCUCCUGCUGAGGGCAGCAGCAGGCAGCCUGCAGAGAUCUCGUCAUCCUCCUCGGGCCCUCAGGUUGGAGUGUCAUCAGAGUACAGAGAGGAGACCGAACAAAAAGGGCAUCAGAGAAAGUGACAUCACAGCAUGGCUCUCACUUGAACUGCCCUUGGCUUUCUUCUUUUGACUCAUUUACAGACUUGUCAUGCUCAGAGAGAGUGGAGGAAGAUUUUACUUGAAUUUUGUAAUUUGUAAAUAUAUGCCAUGAGGCAUUAUGGAAAUUCUGGUCUUAUUUAUUACAUUUGUAAAUUAUGAUGAGCUAAUAAAGGGAAAGGGGGACAUUCUCAUUUGUUGUAUAGCCAAGGCUUAACAUUUUGUAUGCAUACUGUAAAAAUGUGUUUUUAUGUCUUUGGACUGGAUUGGGAUUUUUUUUUAUGAAUGUCUAUUUUUUACAUAAAUGUUGCAGUACAGAGUAGUUUGAUAAAGUUAGGUGUGAUUUUUGAGGGACCAAAAGGUACAAGAAGUGAUUUCAGAGGCUGAAGUUUAACCUCCUGAGACCCUAAGAGCUGAGCUUUUGUUUGGAAUGGAUCUUUAGUUUAUCCCACUUUUUUCUGGAUAAGUAGGACCCUAUGAGUCAAAGCAGCUUUGUCUAUGACAGGAAUUUCUUGGUAAACUUCCUUUCCAAAAUUUCAAAGAUAUUACUUCAAAUUUCUGUGAAAAUUUGUAAACAUGUUUUUAAAGUAUCCCAUAAUAAAGUUGCUCAAAAUUUCUUUGAAUAUUCCCCAAAUGUUUCAGUGAAACAUCCUCAUAAAGCCUAGACACUACUGCAAAAAAUCCCAAAAAAUGCAGUUUAAAUUCCUGAAAUUUUCCAAAAAAAAAUUCUUAGCAAACAUGUACAAAUACCUUCCCCAAAAAUCCUGGAAAAUGACAGUAGAUUCCCCAAACAUUCAAACAGUUUCCCUGAAAUAUCCAUAAAAAAUCCUUAAAUUUUCAGAAGACAUCACUCCAUAAAUCCCCACAGAUGCCUUUCCUAAACUGAAGAUGGCGUAAAACCAAAGUCCAGUGAAAACGCCAAUAUAAAUUGAAAAACAAAUUACCCCAAAACUUACAGUGAAAUUCUCUAAAAUAUACAAACAUAUCCCCUAAACUACAUGGAGGUACUUGAAAAUUUCCAAACAAAUUCCCCAAAGCAUCCAGAAAGUGAAUUUCACAACGAGUCAACCAAAUUACUUAAACAGACAUUCUGAACAACCAUCUCAUAAAAGUUUAAUAGACAUCAUUUCUAUGUUGUUGGACAAUAAAAUGUAAAGUCCUCAUAUGUACAUGCAGGGUCUUAGGAGGUCAGUGUUGAAUAUUUUUUUUUCUUCCUCUCAUCAUCAGUGCAGCUUCCACAUGUGUAACACUGCUAUUAUUUAAGUCUCAGUAAACCUAAGAAUGACUGAUGGUUCACACUGUGAGCAACAUGAUUUACGUGUCAGCCAGGCUUAGACUGUAAUAUACAACUAAAAUCUGAACUAUCUGCUGCUUUCACUGGCACUCAAUCCUACAAGAGAUCACUGAAGCUGCUAGCUCUGAUAUGCAUGUUGGGAGAAAACUGCUCGAGUUUAAAAGCUGCUUUAAACAGUGAAGCUUGCACAGCUGGAACUCUGCUGCCUUGCUUUUUACAAUAUGACUAUUAUUCAAAAGUAAAACAGUCAUGCAUGCAUGGAAGAAAGAUGAAGUAUAGCAUGGAAAGAUAACUGGAUCUCGUAUUUCACUUCAAAAGAGCUCUUUGUACGAUUUUUUUGAUCAUGUUUCUUGAAGUGUGAAUUCAAGGUCAAAGCUGCGUGACUUAAAAUGACAGUGUUUAAAGACUUGAUGAAGCCGAUUCAUAAAAAGGGUAUUUAUUAUGUGCCAUGCUGUCAGUGCACUGUCCUCAUAGCCAUAUCUUUAAUGAUUGAAAUGAAAAUUUUAAUCAGUUAUGUUGUUCGUGUCUCAAAAGUUUCUUUUUGUUUUCUUUUGAUUGCAACCUUGUAAUGAAACUUGGAUGACUUGGCUUUACAUCUGGUUACUCAGUACAAUCUUGUUUUAAUAACAAAGAGAAGUAUCUCAAAAAUGUUUUUUCCUCUCUGCUGCAAAUACUAAUGAUGGCUUUGCCUGAUACUUAAAUACUCAAGCAUGCAACUUACAGGGAAAACAUUGAGCGGCCAAAUAAGUCUACGCCCUCUUCUUUGUGUAAGGGGAUUAUCUUUUUGCUGAAAACCUUUUGGGUUUAUUUUUGUGUUUCCGUACUUAUGAGACAUUUUGUACCUGGACAUGUAUUUGAUCCUUGUAUAUUUUUGGAGUGUUUUCCUCGAACUGUAGCGUUUGUGUUUGUGUUUUUUUUUGUUUGUUUGUUUGUUUUUCAUUGGCAUGCAAGAGAUGCCAUGCGUAAAUACCAAUUCCUACUAUAUUCACCGUGUAGUGAUGUUUACAUGGAGGGGAAAAGUGCACUAAUGUAUUUUGAUAUGUAUUUUUGUACUGUAUGUUGAAAGUGAACUAAAAUUGGCAGAGGGAAGCCCUUAUGUGAAAUCCAAACCCAGGGCUUCUUUGAACAAGUGUUUUAUGUAUUUGUAUUGUUGAAAUAUUGAUGUAUAUUUUGAUAACAAGUUGUGUAAAAGUCUAAAUGUGUUACAGGACAGUAUAUGCACAAUGACAACUGAGACACAAUGAUUUAAGGACAUCAGACUGGAGGAAGAGGUACAGAGCAGUAUUUUACAUCCAGUACUCUCCGGAUGGUCCUUACAUUUUGGUUUGUUGUGGUACUUGUUGAUUGCGGUUGCUGGAUUUUGUACUUUCUCUUGAGUCUUCUGUUUUUAAAGCUCAGCUAUUAAAGCUCUCCUUAAAAAAGUCCCUACAGCUCAUGAUGUGCUUUAGGGAUGCAUAAUCAGAGAGUAUAUGUUGCUAAAUGGCCAAGUUACCUUCCACAGAAUUGUUUACAAUGAACAAAGAUGCGAUGUACUGUUUAGACAUUUUUUAUCCUGUGGCUGUAUAUGAUAAAGCUACCCUCUUUGAUACCAUUGAAGAAAACUCAUAAAUUACAUAUCUGUUUGUUUAGUUCUUUUGAAACUUCAUAAGGAGUAAUUUAGCACAGAGCUGAGAAGCAUUUAACAUGCACUUAUUAUGGUCAUGAAAAUACCUGCAUUUCUGUAUGUCAGUUAAUGGAAUAGUUUAGUUUAAUUGAGCUAAGGGAUGAAAUGAAACCUGGUUAACAGAGCUAAAUACAUGCUGGGAAAAAAUAAGGUGUUUUACAUUUGCACAUUUAAUAAUGAUGUCAUACAGUGAAGUAAUGCUGCAGAGGAAUAAGCAAAAAACUACUAUGUGCAUACUUGUAUAACAGGAUAAAAUCAAACUCACUAUCAACACAAAUUUGAUUCAUUCACGCAGUAAGGGACAAACGUAACUCGAAACUGUAUUUUAAAAAGGCUCUCUAGAAAAAACACACCUCUGAAACAGAAUUUAUGCUACUCUUGCUUCCAAAAUGACAGGAGAAUCCUUUUCCCACAGCACGUCUACCUGGUUUAUGUUUGAAUGUAGAUGUAGUCCAUGCUUGAAAGAUUUCCACUGGUUCUAAGUCUAUUUAUCCCUCAGUAACAACAGGUAAUAGUGAUGCGUAACAUAAACUUCAGCCACUGGAUCAUCGGAAAUUCUCAGCUUGUGUUAAACCCACUCUUCUAGAACAAACUGGCGGGAUAAAUUGUACAUGUGCAUGUAUUCUCCUGUGGACUCCUCUGUUCAGUGCAUGCUGCAUGAAGACAAGCACACAUCUGUAAUACUUGAUGCAUGGUAUACUGGCGCUGUCGCCCUGUACUGUGUUCUCUUGUGCAACAAAUAAAAUUUGUAUUUCUCUUUGA